CAAAUAUUUAAAAUUUAGAAUAUCAAAACUUCACUCUGGUCAGAAUUUGGGCAAAGUUUGGUGAAUUUUAUGAGGCAUGCAACUUUAGGAUUCAUUGCGUCAACCAAAGAAGAUAGAAUAAAAAUCCUAAUGUUUAAAGAGGGCCUCUCUCGGGCCCUGAUUAAAGGCUGAUCCACUUCCUCAGCGUCAGACUUUGCGACGAGUCGUCAGAAGAACUCGCCCAGCAGACAGCAGACCGAUGGCUGCCGUCGCUCAGUGUUCAAUUUACUAGAAGUUGCUUUUAUUUACUGCAGAUUCAGCGGACUGGUGCUAUGUCUUCGGGAAUGACUGGGCAAACACCGUGCCUAACAAGCCGAUGGGAUCAGCCAGCGCAACCCAAACAGAAUGUAGAUGUAAGCCAGCAGCGGAGUAGUGAAAAUGCAGCCCGCCCUGUGUCCUUGCCAGGGGUCCCUUCAAACAGCAGUGUUCCUCAGCCAGGAGACAAGCCAGCAGCUCCUGGAGGAGUUGAAAUGGCUGCAGCCAUGGCUGCUAAAAUAAAUGCCAUGUUAAUGGCAAAGGGGAAGCUACUGACUCCUCCACCCUUACUUGCAAAGACUCCUUCAAGUGGGCCUGCACAAACCGCAACAGAGGAGAUGGUGGUCACAGAAGUUGAUAUAAAUGAUGUACCACUCAAUUCCAGAGACCUUCUUACAAAAGGAAAAACACAGGAGGAGAUCCGACAGUGUAGUGGAGCAGUUGUCUCAACGAAAGGUCAUUAUAUCUCUGAAAAUGACAGGGGGAAAGGAGGAGGAGGAGGAAACAGACCGUUGUACUUGCAUGUCCAGGGAAAGAACCAAGAUCAGGUCAACAAAGCUGUAAUGAGGAUAAAAGAGAUAAUCUCCGAGGAUGUGUUGAGGGCCUCUGCAGCGUCGGGAGGACAACAGGUGCCCAUAAUGCCGGCACUCACACUCUACCCUCAGCCUCCUCGCCCCGUCAUCUCCACAUCUGCACCCAACAGCAACACAACGUCAGGCCAGGGGCAUCGACCUGCAGCUCCUCAUUCAGGGAGUUUUGUGCACACAAAGAUUUUUGUGGGUUUGGACCAGGCGCUGCCCUCAUUCAAUGUGAAUGAGAAGGUUGAGGGUCCAGGAGGGACUUACCUAAGUCACAUCCAGACAGAGACGGGGGCUCGAGUCUUUCUCAGGGGAAAAACUUCUGGAUACAUCGAACAAGCAUCAAAGCGGGAGUCCUUUGAGCCUCUCUAUGUUUACAUCAGCCACCCAAAUGCAUCUGGAUUGGAGGCAGCGAAGAAACUCACAGAGAGCCUGCUUGAAACUGUGAGAGCUGAACACGGCCGCAUGGUGUCGGUGUACACAGCCACAGGCUCGACUCAAUCAUACCCAGCACAUGGAUUUCCUCCUAAUAGCAAUUACUCUACCCAGGGGUCCUGGUAUAACUACCCAGCAAAUGGGUAUGCUGGCGGCUAUUCAGCGUACCCAGGAGCCGGUGGUUAUUGGAGUAAUGCAAAUGGUCCCCCAAGUCAUUCUAACAUGUCGACAAACCCUCCAUCUUCUCAGGCAAUGGUUCAGUAUCCAGUGUGUCCUAGGAAACCACAUCCCUAUCUCGUCCAGGAUCCUGGCAGCAGUGAGAAAGUGGAAGCUGAAGAGUCUUUAAACCCCGUGCCGGAAUCAGGAAGUCCCAAACGUCAUUUCCAGGAGGGGGCCAAAGAGGAACAGCCUGCCAGCAGAUCGCCAGAGAGUCCUGCUCAUCGGGAGUCUGCUCAUCGGGAGUCUGCUCAUCGGGAAACUGCUCAUCGGGAGUCUGCUCAUCGGGAAGCUGCUCAUCGGGAGUCUGCUCAUCGGGAAACUGCUCAUCGGGAGUCUGCUCAUCGGGAAACUGCUCAUCGGGAGUCUGCACCUCCUGCCUCCAACGUUGGAGAGACAAAAGUACCAGAAAGGGUUCUGAUGCCUCCACCACCACCUCCCUUUGUGGCUCCUCCCCCUGUUGCACGCAAAAGGACGAGGGACGCUGUGACAGAAGAUCCAGCCAGUCCACCCAUCAGCACCGUGUCUAUGGGUGUCCACGAGGAAGUGCACGAGAAGAAGUCCAAAGUGGACGCAGACGCAUCAGGGUUAGUACCCUACGGAGGAGAUUCCUCUGACGAAGAGGAGGAGAGGACUCGCAGUAGUAAGACAGAUAACUCAUAACCCCUGCCCUCCCCAGGAUACCCACACACCCAAAGUCUCUUCACUCAGUACAUCACACAAGUUCUCAAACCCAGUAAAAGAAAAAAUCCACCCCUCCAUCAUCAUACACUGUUGUUAGACUGUACCAGUGUUUUGCAGUGUUUUAACCCUCUUACUACUCAUCAUGUGUACGUUACUGCUGAGCAUUUUUCAACCAACGUAUAUUUUUAUUUUUGCUUUGAUCUAAACUGACAGAAAUGGAGAUCAUCUCCUCUGGGCAUUCCUCUAAAAUGUCUGUCUCUUAAUGUACAGACUUUCUAUUUUAGGACCUUAAACACAAUCGACCAAUCUUUAUACACUGACGGACUGACAAUCUCUACACAGCAGUAAUGUGAAGCACAGAUUAUUUGUAGUAAAGUGGCUGAAGUUGCAAAACAACACUGGUAUGGUCUUCCUCUUAUCACCGCUUUCUAAUAUUUGAUGCAACCCAAAGACUUUUUCUUUUUUCUGUCUUGUUGUAGGAUUUUGCUUUUCAUGCUUUGUGUAUUAUCUUCAUGGAUCUCAAAGAAUGCCACUCACACAGUGGAUGUGAACUAGUUUGCAUUAGUCAAAGGUAGGCAUAUUUAAAUAUAUGUCUGGUGAAAAAGAACGUGUAAAUAUAGUCUGUCAUUAAGUUUACAUCAUUGAGUCUCUGUUUGUAACAUCAUCCCUGUCAAUGCUACAAUGUCAUGGCUACAGGACCACGACAUGGUUUUAGGGCACAUUGGUGUUUUGCUUCCUUGUGUAAUCGCUGCCGCCUUUACAAAAACCCUUUUUGAAUUGUUUAUGGUCUUACUCCAAACUGUGCACUUAGACAUUUCUUAAUCAGCUCAGAAUACUUCAGUUUAAAAAAAAUGUUCCCCUAUUAAAAAAAAAAAAAGCAAGUUUUAACAGUGUGGAGAUAUUCAGGGUGGAUUUUUCCUUUUUAAGAUGUGAAUACAAUUGUAUAAAAGUUCAUUUUAAACACUUUAUUUCAUUCUUCAAAGCACCUUCUGCUUUUCAAAAACAAGCCCGUAUUAUUUUUUGGAUUGAAACACUUGGUCUGCUGCAGGCUCUGAUGAGAUAAAUACAUAUUGUAAAAUUCAAUGAAACUUUUUCUUAUCUUGGAAAAUGGUGUAUGCCUGUUCCCAUGGAAUAUUAUAAUAAAAGCAACUGAAAAUCCUU